UAUCAUUAUAAAUUAUAUUAAAUUUAUAUUAAAUAUUUAAAAAAAAUAAAAAAUUAAAAAUAUUUAUAUUUACAUUUAUUAAUUAUAAAGUACCAAACCAUAAAGUUGUAAUGGGAGAAACUCAGUGGAAUGAUUGGAAACCUUUUAUUUACGGAGGUUUAGCUUCAAUUUUUGCAGAAUUAGGUACUUUUCCUUUAGAUACAACAAAAACACGUCUUCAAAUUCAAGGACAAAAAUUAGAUCAAAGAUAUGCACAUUUAAAAUAUUCUGGUAUGACUGAUGCUUUAUUUCAGAUAUCACAACAAGAAGGCUUCAAAGCUCUAUAUUCUGGAAUCAGUUCAGCUAUUUUAAGACAAGCUACUUAUGGAACUAUAAAGUUUGGUACAUAUUACUCUUUAAAAAAAGCAGCAAUGGAUAAAUGGGAAACAGAUGAUUUAGUUAUUAUAAAUAUUAUUUGUGCUGCUUUAGCUGGUGCUAUUUCAAGUGCUAUAGCUAAUCCUACUGAUGUAGUAAAAGUACGUAUGCAAGUAACUGGAAUCAAUUCAAAUUUAUCAUUAUUUGGUUGCUUUCAAGAUGUAUAUCAACAUGAAGGUGUUUGUGGUUUAUGGAAAGGUGUAGGACCUACUGCCCAAAGAGCAGCAAUUAUUGCAGCUGUAGAACUACCUAUAUAUGAUUAUAGUAAAAAAAAAUUUAUGAUUUUAUUAGGAGACAGUGUUAGUAAUCAUUUUGUGUCCAGUUUUAUAGCUAGUAUGGGAAGUGCAAUAGCUUCUACUCCUAUAGACGUUGUUCGUACACGUUUAAUGAAUCAGAGGAGGAUACGUACUACAGGUGGUAUAUUACCACCACAUAUUUAUAAUGGUAGCAUAGAUUGCUUUGUACAGACUUUUAAAAAUGAAGGAUUUUUAGCUUUAUAUAAGGGUUUUGUACCUACUUGGUUUAGAAUGGGACCAUGGAAUAUAAUAUUUUUUAUAACAUAUGAACAAUUGAAAAAACUAGAUGAUUCAUAAUAAUGCAUUGAAUUUUUCAAGUAAAUAAUAAUAAAUGAAAAAAAUAUGUAUGUAUGAACAUACGAUAAAACAAUUGUAACUAGAGUUUGUAAUGAAUAUUUGUAUUAUAUAAUUUAUUUUUAUGAAA